AUGUCUGAGGGGAAAAAUCCAUCCACCAGCGGAUCCUCAAAAAUCUCGGAGGGCGAAGCCGACUUGUACCUAGACCAAUACAACUUCACGACAACAGCGGCGAUCGUGGGUUCCGUAGACCGCAAGAUUUUUGUACUUUUGAGGGACGGCCGCAUGCUGUUUGGAGUGCUGCGUACUUUCGACCAAUAUGCGAAUUUGAUACUGCAGUACUGCGUGGAGAGGAUCUAUGUAGCCGAGCAGAACCAAUAUGCGGAGUGCGACCACGGUGUGCUGAUGGUGCGUGGUGAAAACGUUGUGAUGCUGGGCGAAGUCGACAUAGAUCGCGAAGACCUGCCCCUCAGCCAAAUGCAGCAAAUUCCGUUCGACCAGGCGUUGACGACCAAGAAGAACCGAGACGAGGCCAGGUUUGCUUCCGAGAGUAAAAAGGGCAAAGAAAUGGCCCGACACGGUCUGAUUUACGAGUUCCACAAAUCCGAUAUAUACUAA